AUGGUCGCGUCGCCGCAGCACCGCGUGUACGCGACGUCGACGGAGUCAACCCCGCUCCCGUUGCCGAACACGCCCUCGACGACGUUCUCGCACCCGUAUAGGUCGACUAACGCAGGGCGGCACACGCGGAACGGCCCGGCGCGCGGCGGCUCUGCGCCCCCGCGCUCGUCCGGCGAGGCGCGCAGGCAGCACCGGCGGAAGGAGGAGCCUGCUGUGGUGACGUUCGACGAGUAUGCGGGACUCUCCCGGGAGCAGAUCGGACGCGCGGCGGCGCUCACUGUCAUUGCGCAGAAUGGCCUCCGCGUGCAGUUCGGGGAGCUGUUCAGGGACCGGAGGACGAUCGUGAUCUUCAUCCGGCAUUUCUGGUGCCCGAACUGCCAGGACUACAUGUAUUCCAUUUCGCGGAACGUGGACGUCGAGGCUCUGAAACGCGCAGGGAUCGACUUCAUCCUCAUAGGCAAUGGCUCCCAUGGCAUGAUCAAAUCAUAUCGACACAUUUUCCGUACGCCCAUCCCUAUGUUCACCGAUCCUUCCCUCCGGCUGCAUGCAGCGUUGGGGAUGACGCUCCGUACGAACGACCCGGGCCCUGACAGCGAGAAGGGCGACUACUGCCGGCAUGGCCCCAUCGGUGGUCUCGCCAUGGUCGUGCGCAACGCGCUUCGUGUUGGCAUGCCGGUCUGGGAGAAGGGUGGCGAUGCAUCUCAGCUCGGUGGCGAAUUCGUCCUGGGCCCGGGCCUCGGUUGCUCCUUCGCGCACCGCAUGACCACCACUCGGUCUCAUGCGCCCAUCCUCGACGUCCUCAUGGGAGCG